AUGUUCACAAGUGAUAUAUGGUCAUCAGCAAUUGCAUAUUUUGAUGAUCUUAACAUUUUGGAACAAAUUUUAUCUGAAUGGUCACAAACAGUAGGAGAAGAGUCAUGCAGAGUGUCAAUCCCAA